GACUUGAACCAGUACCCAGAUGGGAUGCUGGCACCAUACCAGCUGUACCACAGCACUGGCCCGAAGAAUAGCUAGACUUUGAAUGCAAUAUUCUUACUCCAAAUCUCAACAGGUGCAGAUUUGAGUUGGUGGGUCAAAUUUAUAUCUGUUACUGUAUCAAGAUUCUAUCUUUAUAUACUUAGAGGAUAUUUGAGGUUAUGUGUGGACAUUAUUUGGUUUCUAGACUCUUAGUAUCUCUCGGCGGAUUUCAUUCAGGCUGAAUUGCUGAGUCUAAAUUCUCCAGACAGCGUCUCCAAUGUAGUGUCCAAGGGGUGUGGGUAAGGAAGAGAAGUACUUGCAGCUUCAUCGUAUCUCAGAUGACCGCGAAAGUUGAUGGCUUAAACAGUGAUAAUUGUUUCUACAGAAGAUGACUUCGCUGCCUGUUCUGACAGGUGCCUCAUUAAGUUGCAGUCAAGAUAUUUGCAAGGGUGCAGUCGUUAGAAGACUGGUCCAAAGUUAGAGUCAGCUGUUGAAGCCUCUCAGUAGAGCUCUCUGAGUGUCUUCAUGGGUUGGUGACUGAAUCCCUUUAAAGUGCAUGAGCCCCGCCCCCAAAAGAAAUGUAAGACAGAACUCCAUGUCUGCUAGGGCCUACCCUUGAAAGUUACACAGUGUCAGCUCUGCAACAUCCUGUUGUACAGAUCAGCCUUAGUGUGGGAGGGGUCCACAAAGAUAAGAAAACGAGAAGACUGAUUAUUGGGGGACCAUUUGGAGGGUGGUUAGCACAGGAAUCCAGUGAAAAGGCAUCAGGUAAAUUGCAUUUAUGUCGUAAGCCCACAGGUCCAAGCUCUACAAGGAUAAGACAGAUUUGUGGAUGUGAGUCAAAAGCCUGAGAAACAAGUAUCUAUCAUGGAAGAUCUGUGACGUCAAACGUGUCCCAGAGCCUGGAAGUUAUCAGGAAAGAGCAGGCCCUGGAAUUACUGGAGCUGGAUUUUCUCUCAAGAAUGAGCCAAGUCUGAAUUACAUUUCAGCCAUCUGCAGUCAGAAGUAGCUGUGUGACAAUGGAACAGUUGAUCCAGAUGAUGGAGAAGCAAGGUUGGUGUUCUCGGGACCCUGCCCUUCGUGCGAGAGGAGAGGACGCAUCCAGAUCUCUGGAAAUGGUGACAUUUAAGGAUGUGGCUGUGGACGUCACUCAGGAGGAGUGGCAGCACAUGAAACCUGCUCAGAGGACCCUGUACAGAGACGUGACGCUGGAGAACUACAGCAACCUAGUCAUAGUGGGCUGUCAGCUUACCAAACCAGAUGUGAUCUUCAAGUUGGAGCGAGAAGAGGAGCCGUGGGUCACAGAGGAAGAAGUAUUUGAGAUGCAAAGUCCAGUGCCCAGAAGAAGCGGGAACGGCUGUCCACCUGAAGUCACAGUGGGGGGCUUGAAAUUCAAAGAUGUGGCCAUUUACUUCUCUGAAAAAGAGUGGGAAUGCUUGUAUUCUGCUCAGAGGGAUUUGUACCGCGAUGUGAUGUUGGAGAAUUACAGCAACCUGAUUUUAGUGGGACUUCACAACACUAAACCAAGUGUGAUCUCCUUGUUGGAGAGGGGAAAAGAGCCCUGGAUGAGUCAGAGGAAAGACCCGGAAGAGCCGUGUCCAGGUUUGGCAUCCAAAAGGGCAAUUAAUUUCAAUUCACAUGUGAAAGAGAAUGGUUAUGAAAUUAAGUUGUUGCAUCUCAAGACAAAGAGAUCCACACAGCCUAACCCUGAACGCGCCAAAGUCGGCGAUAACAGAGGAACGAGAAGCCAGCCGGAGCAGCAGGGCCCCGCCAGGGCAGCCGCCACGGGCGCUGCGGCGCCAUCCAGUUCUGCUCCACGCACAGCUGGGACAGCGCUUCCACCCACUCACACUGGAGAGAAAGACUGCAGAUGUACAAAAUGUAAGAAAGCUGCCAGGUCACAUCCCGUUCAACAGGAGAUGAGUCAUAAUAAGGAAAAAGAUGUUAAAUGUGGAGAAUGUGGGAAAACCUUCACCAGUAGGUCAGACUUGAUCAAGCAUGAGAAACUGCAUGAAAAAAAUAAUGAAAAUAAGAAACGUGCCGAUGCUCAGCCUCAGAGCAGUAAUGGUGCUGAGAAACCUCACAAAUGCAAGGAAUGCGGGAAGGGCUUUCAUUCCAGCUCCCAACUUAGUCAGCACCAAAAGAUCCAUGUAGGUGAGAAACCCUAUAAAUGCAAGGAGUGUGCAAAGGCCUUUCCAUCUAACGCACAACUUAAUCUCCAUCGAAGAGUUCAUACGGAUGACGUAUACUACGAGUGCAAGGAAUGUGGGAAGGCCUUUACACGCCCCUCACACCUUUUUCGACAUCAGAGAAUCCAUACUGGUGAGAAGCCCCACUUAUGUCAGGAGUGUGGGAAGGCUUUUCGGUAUGACACCCAGCUUAGGCUUCACCAGCUGACUCACACGGGCGAGAGGCAGUAUGAAUGUAAGGAUUGUGGGAAAGUAUACACUUGUGCCUCACAACUCAGUCUACAUCAGAGGGUUCAUACUGGUGAGAAACCCCAUAAGUGUAAGGAAUGCGGGAAAGCCUUCAUCUCUGAUUCACAUCUUACUCGGCAUCAGAGUGUUCACACUGGUGAGAAACCCUAUAAGUGUAAGGAAUGUGGGAAGGGCUUUCGUCGUGGCUCCGAACUUGUUCGGCAUCAGAGAGCUCACGCUGGUGAGAAGCCCUAUAAAUGUAGUGAGUGUGGAAAGGGCUUUACUUGCAGCACAGAACUUGUUCGACACCAAAAGGUGCACACUGGUGACAGACCCCAUAAGUGUAAGGAAUGCGGAAAAGCUUUUAUCCGAAGGUCGGAACUGACUCACCACGAGAGGAGCCACACUGGCGAGAAGCCCUAUCAGUGUAAGCAGUGUGGGAAGGCCUUCGGCCGCGGCUCAGAACUUAGUAGACACCAGAAAAUCCACACUGGCGAGAAGCCCUAUGAGUGUAAGGAAUGUGGGAAGGCCUUUAUUCGUGGCUCACACCUUAGUCAACACCAAAGAAUCCAUUCAGGACAGAGGGAGAAGCCUUUUCAAUGUCCUUACUGUGGGAAUAGCUUUAGAAGGAAAUCAUACCUCAUAGAACAUCAGCGAAUUCACACAGGUGAGAAACCUUAUGUUUGCAAUCAGUGCGGAAAGGCCUUCCGUCAGAAGACUGCUCUCACUCUUCAUGAAAAAACACAUAUAGAGGGGAAACCAUAUGUCUGUAUUGACUGUGGAAAGUCCUUCAGACAGAAGGCAACCCUCACUAGACAUCACAAAACACACACAGGGGAGAAGGCCUAUGAAUGUACUCAGUGUGGAAGUGCCUUUAGAAAGAAGUCAUACCUCAUUGACCAUCAGAGAACUCACACAGGGGAGAAACCCUAUCAGUGUAACGAGUGUGGGAAGGCAUUUAUCCAGAAGACAACCCUCACUGUGCAUCAGAGAACUCACACAGGAGAGAAACCCUAUAUUUGUAAUGUAUGUGGGAAGUCCUUCUGCCAAAAGACAACACUCACUCUCCAUCAAAGAAUUCACACAGGGGAAAAACCUUACAUAUGUAACGAAUGUGGGAAGUCCUUCCGCCAGAAGGCAAUUCUCACUGUUCAUCACAGAAUACACACAGGAGAGAAAUCCAAUGGAUGUCCACAAUGUGGGAAAGCCUUUAGUAGGAAAUCAAACCUUAUCCGCCAUCAGAAGACUCACACAGGAGAGAAACCAUAUGAAUGUAAAGAAUGUGGAAAGUUCUUCAGCUUCCGAUCAGUGUUGAUUCUGCACCAGGGGAUUCACACAGAGGAGAAACCCUACCAGUGCCAUCAGUGUGGAAAUGCUUUUAGAAGGAAGUCCUAUCUCAUCGACCAUCUGCGGACUCACACAGGAGAGAAACCCUUUGUGUGCAAUGAAUGUGGCAAGUCUUUCCGCUUAAAGACAGCCCUCACCGACCAUCAGAGAACACACACAGGGGAGAAAUCCUACGAGUGUCCCCAGUGCAGGAACACCUUCAGACUGAAGUCACACCUCAUUCGUCAUCAGAGAACUCACACAGGAGAGAAACCAUACGAAUGUCAUGACUGUGGGAAGUCCUUCCGUCAGAAGACAACACUGUCUCUACAUCAGAGGAUUCACACCGGAGAGAAACCCUAUGUGUGUAAUGAAUGUGGCAAGUCUUUUCACCAAAAGGCAAACCUUACUGUCCACCAGAGAACUCACACAGGGGAGAAGCCAUAUAUUUGUAAUGAAUGUGGGAAGUCCUUCUCCCAAAAGACAACCCUAGCUCUUCAUGAGAAAACCCAUAACGAGGAGAAGCCUUAUGUUUGUAAUGAAUGUGGGAAAUCUUUCCGCCAGAAAACAACCCUUGUAGCACAUCAGAGAACACACACAGGAGAGAAAUCUUACGAAUGUCCUCACUGUGGGAAGGCCUUCAGAAUGAAGUCAUACCUCAUUGAUCACCACAGAACUCACACAGGAGAAAAGCCCUAUGAGUGCAACGAAUGUGGAAAGUCAUUCAGUCAGAAAACAAAUCUCAACCUACAUCAGAGAAUUCACACCGGGGAGAAACCUUACAUCUGUAAUGAAUGUGGGAAGUCCUUUCGCCAGAAAGCAACCCUCUCUGUUCAUCAGAAAAUACAUACAGGGCAGAAGUCCUAUGCAUGUCUUCAGUGUGGGAAAGCGUUCAGUAGGAAGUCAUAUCUCAUUCAUCACCAAAGAACUCACACGGGAGAGAAACCAUAUAAAUGCAAUGAAUGUGGAAAGUGCUUCCGCCAAAAGACAAAUCUCAUUGUACAUCAGAGAACUCACACAGGUGAGAAGCCCUAUGUUUGUAACGAGUGUGGAAAGUCUUUCAGCUCACACCUGAUCCAACAUCAAAAAACUCAUACUGGUGAAAAGCCCUUCAAAUGUCUAGAGUGUGGGAAGGCCUUCAGUCGUGCCUCACACCUAAUUCAGCAUCAGAGGAUUCAUACAGGUGAGAAACCUGACGGGUGUAAGGAGUGCGGGAAGGCCUUCGGACGGGCUUCGGAACUUCUUCCGCAUCAGCGACUGCACACUGGUGUCAGACCCCAUGCGUGCAGGGAGUGUGGAAAGACCUUUAGACAGCAUUCACAACUGAUUCUGCAUCAAAGAACUCACACAGGCGAGAAGCCCUACGAAUGUAAAGACUGUGGGAAGGCUUUCAUCCGUGGCUCCCAGCUGACGGUGCACCGGAGGAUUCACACAGGUGCCAGGCCCUAUCCGUGCAAGGAGUGUGGGAAAGCCUUUAGACAGCAUUCACAACUCACUGUCCAUCAGCGCAUCCACACUGGGGAGAAGCCCUAUGAGUGUAAGGAAUGUGGAAAGGGUUUUAUUCAUAGCUCAGAAGUGACUCGACACCAGAGAAUUCAUUCAGGGGAGAAGCCUUACGAAUGUAAGGAAUGCGGGAAGGCCUUUCGUCAGCAUGCGCAGCUGACCAGACACACGAGAGUGCACACUGGUGACAGACCCUACGCGUGUGAGCACUGCGGGAAGGCGUUCAGUCGGAGUUCAUACCUCAUUCAGCAUCAACGAAUUCAUACAGGUGACAAACCCUACGAAUGUAAGGAAUGCGGGAAAGCCUUUAUCCGCAUUUCACAACUGACCCACCAUCAGCGGAGUCACACUUGGGAGAAGCCCUAUGAGUGUAGGGAGUGUGGAAUGGCCUUUAUCCGCAGUUCCCAACUCACCGAACAUCAGAGAAUUCAUCCAGGUAUCAAGCCUUAUGAAUGUAGAGAAUGCGGGCAGGCCUUCAUUCUUGGCUCACAGCUCAUUGAACACUAUAGAAUUCAUACUGAUUAGAAAACCUCAAUUGUUGGGGAUAUAGAAAAGCCUUUAUGUGCAGUUUAAACCUGGCUCAAUAUUAUAUCAUUUUUAAUGUAAUUAAAGUCAGAAAGCGUCCCUUGAUCAUGUCUGUUAUGGAACAUUGGAGACCUCAUCCCAGAAGAGUAAAGAAUUCAAUAAAUUAAG